CCGUAACGGGUGAUAAACGUCAGAUAACCAGCUGUUUUUUGUUGCAAAGAAAACAAAUUGUUGGAAUUUCGUGUAAAAUAAAUGACGCGUCGUCGUCGUCGUCGCACAAAAUGAAUUGGCGCCUGCGUUUAUUUUGCCAAGCGGCUGUGCUUUGCCUUGUGAUUCAAGUUUCUUUGGCAACGGAAACCAGCGGUGGCCAGGAGGAAUCCAAGAAGGUGGCUGCCAGUAACACCAGCUCUGCAGGAACUGAGAAAAUGUCCCAGUCCCAGCCAGAUGUGGCCUCGUCACUUAACAGCAGUAGCAGUUCAUUGCUGAAUGUCUCCAUUUCCACCUCCACGGCAGCUCCAGGUAAUGGCAGUACCACCAAAAAGCCAGGCAAUGCCUCCACUGUGGCCACGGAACCGCCGCUCAUUGACUCGCAUGCCGUGGAACAGGAGCACAACUCCUCGUUGUCCCUGUUUUUUGUCAUCUGCGUGAUUAUGCUGGGCAUUCUGCUGAUUCACUCCAUGCUCCAAACCGGCUUUCAAUACCUCCCAGAGAGCAUAGUGGUGGUGUUCCUGGGCGCCUUUAUAGGCUUGUCGCUCAAUGUGAUGUCUGGGCAGACGGGCAGCUGGAAGCGUGAGGAGGUCUUCUCGCCCAUGGGUUUCUUUUUGGUGCUCUUGCCACCGAUUAUCUUCGAGUCGGGGUAUAAUUUGCACAAGGGAAACUUUUUCCAAAACAUUGGCUCCAUUUUGGUUUUUGCCAUUUUUGGCACCACCAUUUCGGCCUUGGUUAUAGGAGCAGGCAUUUACCUGCUGGGCCUGGCCGAGGUGGCUUUUCGGCUUAGUUUCUCGGAAUCCUUUGCCUUUGGCUCGCUCAUCUCUGCUGUGGAUCCUGUGGCCACUGUGGCCAUAUUCCAUGCCUUGGACGUGGAUCCUAUACUCAACAUGUUGGUGUUUGGCGAGAGCAUCUUGAAUGAUGCCAUUUCCAUUGUGCUUACUGCCUCUAUUACCCAGUCGGCGGCGAGUGCCAAUGCCCAGGCAAGCACGGGAGAGGCCAUGUUUAGUGCUUUGAAAACCUUUUGUGCCAUGUUCUUUGCCUCGGCGGGUAUAGGUGUGAUAUUUGCUUUGAUUUCGGCUUUACUGCUAAAGCACAUUGAUUUGAGAAAGCAUCCGUCUUUGGAGUUUGCCAUGAUGCUUAUGUUUACCUAUGCUCCUUAUGUUUUGGCUGAGGGAAUACACUUGAGUGGUAUAAUGGCCAUACUGUUUUGUGGCAUUGUCAUGUCCCACUACACCCACUUUAACCUGUCCACGGUCACUCAAAUCACCAUGCAACAGACCAUGAGAACCCUAGCCUUUAUAGCCGAGACCUGCGUCUUUGCCUACCUUGGCCUGGCCAUUUUCUCUUUCAAACAUCAAGUGGAGCUCUCCUUUGUAAUCUGGGCCAUUGUUUUGUGUCUCAUAGGACGUGCCUGCAACAUUUUUCCUCUAGCCUUUUUGGUCAACAAAUUCCGUGAGCAUAAAAUCAACAAUAAGAUGCAGUUUAUCAUGUGGUUUUCGGGCCUUCGCGGUGCCAUUUCCUAUGCCCUGUCGCUGCAUUUGAAUUUGGACAGUCAGGAGAAGCGACACGUCAUUAUAACAACCACUUUGAUAAUCGUGCUGUUUACCACUUUGGUUUUGGGCGGCUCAACGAUGCCUUUGCUUAAGUACCUCAAGCCGGGCAAGAAACGCCGGGCACGCGGCUCAAGGACUUCCUCGGGUGCCGAGGGUGCCCGCCGUAAGCGCUCCAAGUCCAUUUCUUUGUCAAAGACCCGCGAAUGGGGCCAGGCCAUUGACUCGGAACACUUGUCCGAGCUCACCGAGGAGGAGGAUGUUUCCUUCACCCAAGCACGCGAUCGCUUUGGUCGCCUAGACCGGAAAUACUUUAUACCCUUCUUUACGCGGCGGUUCAACAGCCAGGAACUGCACGAGUGCAAGUCCCAGAUGUUGGACUUGACCAACAAGUGGUACCAGGCCAUACGCGUGAGUCCCCUGGACUCGGAUGAGUCGGAUGAGGAGAUAGGUCUGGCGUCCACCACAAGUCAAAGCCAUUUGACGCGAUCGUAGGGUGUUUAGGGAACGGGAAAGUCUGGCUGUGUUGACUACACCUGGUUGGCCAAAACAAGUUAACGUUUGGAUCGUAGCUUAAGUUUUUGUCUAGUUAAUUUUACUAUAUAAAAUGGGUGGUGGUGGUGCUUGUUGAUUCCUUGUUUUUAUUUAUAAUAUAAUAUAUUAUAUUUUGUUUGUAUUAUUAUUGCCAGUUCCUUUAUUAUUUAAACGCUUCAAGCAGUAUUCGACGAAAACAUCAGGAGAACUUGUAUUAAAAUAGUUACUUUCGUACUUGAAUGUGUGGCUGUAUUUGCGAAUUUGUACAUUUUUAAAACCAAAUAUAAUAAAUAUCUAAAUGUGAUACAAAUAAGAAA